AUGAUUUCCUCAUCCAGGUGUUUGGGAGCUCUCUGCUGUCUGAUGUUGCUCUCAGGCCUGCUGGAGGCCAAAUCCUUGUUAAACGCCAUUAAGCAGGAAGAGAUGGUUCCUGUCAGUGAUGUUGGGAUCCACUCACACACAGCUAACGGGUUCCUGAGUCACUCCAGACCGAAGCGUAACGUGGACCCCCGCUGGUACCGAGGGAACCCAGACUUCCAGUCCUACUACCGCUACUACAGCAGCAUCGGACACACGGAGGGGCUGUAUGAGAUCGAUAAGCUGCGGAUGCUGUACCAGCAGAUGCGGUUCCUGGAGAACGCCUACGGGCCCAACGCCUCCUACUUCCAGAGCAAGCUGGGCGUCCCCAUGAUCCCCUGUGACCCCGCGACAGACAAGAAGUGUAAAGUAGCUGCUCCUCCUCCUCCAAUGAAGGGGGUCCCAGUGCCCACCGAGCCCCCGGCCACUCCUCCUCCUGCUCCUCCUGCUCCUGUGGCCUCCUUCUCCCAGGCGGAUGUGCUGUACCUGUGUAAUAAGAAGGACCCUCUGUGUAAGCCCCACAUCGUCUACCUGCCCUCCGGCUCCGUGCCGGUGCUGUGUGACCCCCGCUACUACCCCCACUGCUCCCCCCAGAGAGCCCCGCCUCCUGCCGCCAAGGCCCCGCCUCCUGCCGCCAAGGGCCCGCCUCCUCCUCCUCCUCCUCCGAAGCAGUCCGCCCCGCCUCCUCCGCCCGUCCUCGUCAAGAAGUCUCUCCCGGCGCCGGUCCGCUCCUUCAAGGGCAUGGAGUACGACUGUGACCCGUACUGGGACCCCGACUGCCUGGUGGACCACCCGCCCCGGCCCAUGAAGGGGAAGGGCGUGGUCCUGCCGCCUCCUCCUCCUCCUCCUGUGGUGGAGGAGGUGAAGAAAGAGGAGCCAGUGGAGCAGCCAGCUCCUCCUGCUCCCAUUGAGAAGAAAGUAAGUUUCUACCCCUUCCCUUAUUACCAGCCCAAGGCCUACGACCCCCGGGACGACCUGUACGACCCCGCCCGCUUCCACUACCCCCAGCCCGCCGCCGACGAGGCCGCCGAGUCCGGACACAGCCAGACCACUUCCACUACCCCCAGCCCGCCGCCGACGAGGCCGCCGAGUCCGGACACAGCCAGUAAACCUCCAGGACCACUUCCACUACCCCCAGCCCGCCGCCGACGAGGCCGCCGAGUCCGGACACAGCCAGUAAACCUCCAGGACCGCUUCCACUACCCCCAGCCCACUUCCACUACCCCCAGCCCACUUCCACUACCCCCCGCCCGCUUCCACUACCCCCAGCCCGCCGCCGACGAGGCCGCCGAGACCACUUCCACUACGCCCAGCCCGCUUCCACUACCCCCAGCCCACUUCAACUACCCCCAGGACCGCUUCCACUACCCCCAGCCCACUUCAACUACCCCCAGAACGCUUCCACUACCCCCAGCCCACUUCAACUACCCCCAGGACCGCUUCCACUACCCCCAGCCCACUUCCACUACCCCCAGCCUCAGGACGGAGCAGGAAAUGGUUUUAACUCCAACAGACUUUGAUUGA